AUGGCAAGAUUGCCCUUGACAGAGAUCGUUGACAUCGCCCCCGACGAGUCAAUUAGUCACAAUACUAGUUCAAUGUUGGAUCGUCUCAAAAGCCUUGAGCAACAUGUCGAUCGAAUGGACAAGGCUUUGCACGCAGGCUCUGCUGCUCAACCUGACGACGCUGAAGCACCCCUGGAUACUGAGAUAUUUGCCCCGUCUCCUCCUGAUCACGCCCGUGCCGCCUCGUUGAGCUCUCACAUCAAUGCUUUGAAGAAGCUACUGCUCCCCGCUUUGCCUCUUACGCAACAGUUUCCACGCUCUGCUGAAAGAGAUCGGCAAUGCAGCGAGCAACUAGUAACAAAGCAAUAUCUCCGCAACUGUCCCUCCUUGACCCGGCUUAAAUUCCUCGUCGGGUUAUAUUUUGAACACUUAAGCCCCUUCUUUCCAUGUCUCGACGAAGGGGAAUUCAUGCAACGCUGGGAACAAAUUGAGAAUGAUCUCACCCAUGACGGCAACAGCCUCUGCCUCCUUGUGCGACCCUCAUCACGGACGUUCCUGAUGUCCAUGUGCCUGGUCCUCGCUGUCGCCACAUACCUUGACCCUUGCAGCCAUGGAGAAGAUCAACCGUCUACCCUACCGGGAUGGAAAUACGUUUUGAUGGCCGAACACAUUGCCGAGGGCGACCGUGGUCAUUCCCCGUGGCUCUUGACACCCGACAUGGAUCUAAUGCGUUAUUAUGUCCUGAAGGCCAUGUACAUGAUCCAUACCGAGAAGUUGACAGCGGCAUCUCAUGCCAUCGGCACGGCUGUUCAUUUAGCUUUCGCCUUGUCACUCAAUGAUGAAUCAACCUGGAACGACUGUCGUUCCGAGGCAACGGCCGAUGCGCGGAGACGGCUGUGGUGGACCCUGUUUUACAUGGAUCGCAGGAUCGCCCAGAAAUGUUGGAGGCCGUACCUCAUCCGAGAGAGUGAGUUUCUGGUCGACGACUUCGCCAACACGACUGAAACAGCGGCAUCAAUCGGGACGGCGGACUGUGGCAACCACAGUGACACCAAUUCCCACGUGCGGACGACAAAUAGAGUCCUGACUUCCCAGUAUGUCCAGACCAAGAUCAACUGGGCUCGACUAUGGGCACUGGUUUGGGAUUCUCUGUUUGCCGUGCGGCCGACAUCCACAGACCAUGACAAGCAGGAAGAGAUCGAAGUCUUGGAUGCAAGGAUCCUCCAUUCCCAAAGACAAACUCAUGAAAGUUUGUGCUGGGACACCUCCCUUCUCCCGAACUAUCUGGCGGCUGGAGAGCCUGAGGCACAGGUCCGGGCAAGACUCGUAACAUACGUGCGAAUCAACCUGCUCCGUCUCUUGAUCCGACAAUCAUGGAAACACACAACUGCAAUCGACGCUCGAGAGUCUCGAGUAUGCAUUGAGCUUGCCAGUGAUACCAUCGAGGCUAUUCUGGCCUACAUGGCCUCAAGAACCAAUCCAAUUCCCUUUGGCCUAAAUGCGGUGGAAUGCGUGGUGGAGUGCAUUUGCCAUCUGGUGCCGCAUGUCACUAUUACCAGCAGCAGUAGACACUGGAGCAGCGGAGAUGACGUGCCGAUGUCCUCGCUGACGCGAGCGAUUGAAUUUCUCCAGAGCCUGUCCACAACUCUGGGGGCGGCGCGCAGAGCGUUAGAUGCGCUUGGAGAGAUCGUCGACAGGGGGUGGCUGGGGCUGUUUAGGUCAAACAGUGAGCCGGAACUUGACUAUUACACGCUGCUCUUCCAAGGCACCGCAAAGGGCGGCGAUGAUAGUAGUGGUCCUGGGCCUUUUGACGAGCUUUUUUCACUUGAGUGGUCAGAGGCCUGUCGCUCUACCUUGGACAAGGGCUCAUUCAUCUAG